GUUUUGUUGUUUUGACCUACAAAGAGACAACUUUCCGAUAGACCUAAUUAUAGGAUCUUGCAGGGCGAAAUUCGUCGUGGUGGGGCCGAGUUUGAGCCUUUUGGUGCUUCUACCGUUACACAGGAAAAAUAUCACGUUUUUCUAUGACGCAUUCAAUAUCAGUGAACAUAUUUUUCUCUUAGUAGUAGUAGCAGCAAUUCUACUGAAAAGCUAUCAACUCCCGAUGGUUAUCUGCCAGAUAAUCUGCGUGAUACAUAUGGUUACUUAUUUAUACAAAUAUUCCCAGAUAUAACAGGGACCAAUAAAAUAAUCGAUGGGGCUAUUAAUUUCCCAGGGGAUCAUACCUUAUCCAUUUUUUACUCAGUAGUGUGGAGCAGUGCUAACCUGGAGUGUUGCUCAAAAGUUAGGAACAAGAUGUACAAUGACGAGCCUGACGACGAUGACAUAGACUAUGCAACCCACCUAUUUCCCAACACAAUCUGGAUCCACAAACCCUUUUCGGAGAUAAUAAUGAAAACCUCAAUAAUCCUUCCUGUAGUUGUUCUUGGUAUAUUUGGCAACAUCCUCAUCAUUCACGUGUUGAUUCACAAUCGACCAAUGAGAACGCCCACUAACCUACUAAUUGGCAACAUGGCAGCUGCCGAUUUGCUGUCGCUGUUGAUCCACCCUUGGGUCAUAAUGAUCUAUGAAUCUUUCCAGAAUUACGAACUGGGACCGAUCGUAUGUCGCGGUGAAAGUGCAGUUGAGUGUUCGGUACUCAUAGCCAGCGUUAUAAGCAUGUCAGCUAUUACAUAUGACAGACUGACAGCUAUAGUUCUACCUAAGGAGACGAGACUAACAUUGAAAGGUGCCAGAAUUGUGAUGGUCAUAACAUGGUUGACAGGCGUAUUACUGUCAAUACCAAUAACAUUAUACAGACAGUACAAGGAACGUCACUGGAAAAACUUCGUAGAAAUGUACUGCACUGAAAACACACUGAUAAUAAACAUCUACUGGUACGUCAUGAUUACAGUUUUAGUAUGGUUGCCUUUAAGCAUACAGAUUAUCUGUUAUAUUUCCAUUUUCAUAAAGCUAAAUAAAUACGAAAAAGUCGUCCAGGAGAGUCUGCAAAAUCAACAUGUCAGCUAUAAAAAAAGAGCAGCAAGAAUGAUGUUCGUAGUAACGAUAAUGUUCAUGAUAUGUAGAUUGCCUUUUACUGGGCUGAUUAUAUAUCGUCAUCAACUGAUUGAAAGCAAAGAGCUUGGAUCUAACAAUAAUAUAAUGAACCAGACAAAAGGUGGAUACCAUACAUUGUGGUUCAUAUCCAAGUACCUCAUGUACGUAAACUCGUCUCUGAAUCCAAUAAUAUAUGGAGUAACCAACGAAAAAUUCAGGAAGGCCUUCAAAAUAACUGAGUUUUCAAAAUGGCUGUUCCCUUCAUCUGACAUAAUCACUACAAAAACGAACUGCCAUAUGAAAGCUACCCAAGAAACAUCCACUAGGCUCAGUAUAUUUGUGUUUUUUAAACGUAAAUUGAAGAUACAAGAGGAACUGGGAAUGGGAAAGAAGAAAGAAAGUACAGAAAAGAGCGGUUGUAUCGUUUAUAAAUAAAUAUAUUUGUUGAAGGUAUAUACUUUUAAUUUUACACAACAAUAAAUAUUACAAAAUUAUACACGGAUAAAAAUGUACAGCAAUAUAAUAUGGUAAUAUACAUAUUAAUUUACAAGAAUAAAGAACCAAUAAUAUAAC